AUGGACGAGUUGCACAGUCACCUAGCUGACGUGUGGCUGCCGUUUGGUGCUGGACGCCAAGAAGACGCACACGAGUUUUUUUUUCAGUUCGUGUCAGCCAUGCCCAUGUGUUUACCAGCUUUCGGUGGCGAAGUGUUCAACAUUGUUGAAUGUAAUACUUGCAACACCCAGGCCAGAUCGUCUGAGGUAUUUCUCGACAUCGACAUUCCAGUCACUCCAGACGUUGUCACUGUUGAGGACGGCCUAAGAAGAGCGUUUGGUGUCACCGCGUUAACGGGCGAUAACUCGUACGAGUGCGCUUAUUGCAAUCGCCGAUGCCCAGCUGUGCGUACAAGUGCCAUUGCAGAGUGGCCCCAUGUAUUAGUGCUGCGUGUCCUACGCUUCGCGGUCGGUGAAAAACGCACCAUAAAAAAGAACGGCCAGCCCAUCCAAUACACAUCAGAGCUGAACAUGAGUGAGUUUGCCACUGUGGAUCACGCGGAUAUUGUGUACGAGCUUCGAGGAGUUGUCCUACAUCUGGGGAGUUCACUGACUUCAAGUCACUACAUUGCGUACGUGCUGGCACCAAGUGGGCGAUGGUUCAGUAUGGACGACAAGCUAAAUCGGCAGCACGUCCAACGCAACGCAGCCCCUAACGCAGCCCCUAACGGCAGUCCCCAACGUAGCCCCCAGCGUAUCCCGGAAAGCAAUCCGCAUUAUAGCCCGCAAUAUGGCGGUCCCAAGACCGCCCUCAAAGCACCUCACAACCUCACGUUGUAA